AUGGAGUCCGUUCGUCAAGGUAUCAAACAAUCCCUCUCCAACGGCAAAGACAAACAGAACCAUGUCGCAGUAAGCAUCAAAGAGGCGGAAGUCUCAGACGGUGAGAGCGAAAGCACUACCGUCGCAUCUAACCAGACUACUCAUGACGAAGUCACCACCGUUGUUAAUGGCAGUAAUGUUACUAAAUUUGACUAUAAGAGGUUGAAGAAAGUUACGAGGACUGUCAAGAAAUUGAUAGCUAAGCUUGAUAACUAUGAUGAGGUGUUUGUUAAUGAGAUGGAUAUUCGAGGUUUCUUAAGUAGUGAAUGGGAUCGUGUGUUGAGUACUGCUCAGUUCUUUGGUCUUCAGAUCACUGCUUUCGCUAGCAAGAUCGACACUUUUACUGCUGGUGCACAUCUUCUGUAUCUGCUGCCCUUGCCAGCUGCCAAGUUAUUCUCCAGGUUUAUUAUCGCCCUAACCCCUGCUAACAUCGUGCUUACUAGUGCGCAGAUCGGACAUGACCAAGCCGAAGCCCUCGCUCCAACAUUUGUCGCCCUCUAG